GUUACAGCGAACAGUUUGGACGCGUUUGUAAAAGGCCGCGGCAGAUGAAGAGAGAGGAGACUGCCAAGAUCUCCACUUAGGGCAGUUGGGAAUCUUCGACUCUGGAACACUGGGCAGGAGCUUUGCCAUUGGCUGCCCAAGAAAGGGGAGGCAGAAUGUCUGCAUUGUUACACCAUAGAGUUCAAACUUCAAAAGACUUUGGGUUAAACAGUAUCAUUUACUCUGCAAAUGAUUGUGUCUUUGCCUGUCUUCUAUGAUCAUCCUAAACUAAUGAAACACCUUUCAGGUCUUAUGGAUUCAGGUUACACUGUAUUCUGGAUGCUGUGGCAGCUGAUACAGGGCCUUUGAAAAAUGGAGCCAAACUCUCUGAGGACUAAAGUCCCAGCUUUCUUGUCUGAUUUGGGGAAGGCCACACUGAGGGGAAUCAGAAAAUGUCCCCGAUGCGGCACAUACAAUGGAACCCGGGGACUGAGUUGUAAGAACAAGACAUGUGGAACCAUAUUCCGCUACGGUGCACGGAAGCAGCCUAGUGUUGAAGCUGUCAAAAUCAUAACAGGCUCUGAUCUGCAGGUUUACUCGGUGCGGCAAAGAGACCGGGGCCCCGAUCACCGGUGCUUUGUGGAGCUAGGUGUGUCAGAGACGACAAUCCAGACGGUGGAUGGGACAAUCAUCACUCAGCUGAGCUCUGGACGAUGUUAUGUUCCCUCAUGCCUGAAAGCUGCCACCCAGAGCGUUGUGGAGAAUCAGUGCCAGCACAUCAAGCUGGCAGUGAACUGCCAGGCAGAAGCCACCCCUCUGACUCUGAAAAGCUCAGUCCUGAAUGCAAUGCAGGCCUCCCCAGAAACCAAGCAGACCAUCUGGCAGCUGGCCACAGAGCCCACAGGUCCCCUUGUACAGAGGAUUACUAAAAACAUUUUGGUGGUGAAAUGCAAGGCAAGCCAGAAGCAUAGUUUGGGGUAUUUGCAUACAUCCUUUGUGCAGAAAAUCAGUGCCAAAAGCUUGCCCGAGCGCCGGUUCUUCUGCUCCUGCCAGGCUCUGAAAUCGCAUAAGUCGAAUGCCUCCAAGGAUGAGGUGGCCCAGAGGUGUAUUCAUUUCUUUGCUUGCAUCUGUGCCUUUGCCAGUGACGAGACAUUGGCUCAGGAAUUCUCAGACUUCCUAAAUUUUGAUUCCAGCGGUCUUAAAGAGGUUAUUGUGCCCCAGUUAGGUUGCCAUUCAGAAUCGACAGUAUCAGCUUGUGAGUCUACUGCCUCUAAGCCAAAGAAGAGGAAAAAAGAGGAAGUACCUGGUGCACAGACGAACAGUUCACUGCUGCCUCAGGAUGCAGUGAGCAGUAAUCUAAGGAAAAGUGGCCUGAAAAAACCUGUGGUUGCUUCUUCAUUAAAAAGGCAGGCCUGUGGUCAGCUGUUAGAUGAGGCUCAAGUGACCCUGUCCUUCCAAGACUGGCUGGCCAGUGUCACGGAACGCAUCCAUCAAACCAUGCACUAUCAGUUUGAUGGCAAACCAGAGCCACUGGUGUUCCACAUUCCUCAGUCCUUUUUUGAUGCUCUGCAACAAAGAAUAUCUAUAGGAAGUGCAAAGAAACGGCUUCCCAACUCCACCACAGCUUUUGUUCGGAAAGACGCCUUGCCACUGGGAACCUUUUCCAAGUAUACCUGGCAUAUCACUAAUAUCCUGCAAGUUAAACAAAUCUUAGAUACCCCAGAGAUGCCCUUGGAAAUCACUCGGAGUUUUAUCCAGAACCGGGAUGGGACUUAUGAGCUGUUUAAAUGCCCUAAAGUGGAAGUAGAGAGCAUAGCAGAAACCUAUGGUCGUAUAGAAAAGCAACCUGUGCUGCGACCUUUGGAACUAAAAACUUUUCUCAAAGUUGGCAACACUUCCCCAGAUCAAAAGGAGCCAACACCGUUCAUCAUUGAGUGGAUUCCAGAUAUCCUUCCUCAGUCCAAGAUUGGUGAGCUUCGGAUCAAGUUUGAGUACGGUCACCACCGGAACGGGCAUGUGGCGGAAUACCAAGACCAGCGGCCACCGCUGGACCAGUCCUUGGAACUGGCGCCUCUGACCACCAUCACUUUCCCUUGACAAGGGAAAAAACAAGAGUCUUUUGCUGCUAAAUUUGCACAUUCCCAACCCUUGACAAUUUAAAUACUAGUUAGGCACUUAGAUGGCCCUGUCGCCUAGUGAACUGCUCUUAGCCAAGAUGCAAUUUCUUAUCGCAUCCAAGUGGAUUCUGUUGAAGAAAAACUCUUGUAAAUGGCCUUUUUGGUGCUGCUGUGUAUGGUCUUCGUUAUAAAUUGGGUGAUAUUUCUGGCUAGAAUUUUUAAAGGAACAAAAAGGAAACCAGCUCUCUUUCCUUCUUAAAGAACUCACCUUUAGAGUUUGUUUCAAACUUUUUCUAAUUCUCUAAGAUGUUCGCAGCACUUCUUACACCAGCAGUGUUGGAAAGUUAAUAAUACCCUGUUUAGGGCAGAAUGUUAAGGACCAUCCUGACAGAGUUCCAGUCAUGCCCAUUUAUUUUGUUCUCAAAUAAAAGCACAAUGUCACUAGUUUUUCCAAAGUAUAUCUCAUGUUGGCCUGAUUAUAAAAUUAUAAGCCUUUGGGGAGAUUUAAGUAACAGUGAAAUAGGAAAAAGAAGUCCAGGUAUCAAGGGAUUAUUGACAUUUCAAACUAAUGCUUCUAAUUACUUGUUCCCUAGAUAUUUAUUUCCUUCUUUAUUCUCCAACAAGUUUAAGAGCUGGUAGGUUCAAUUCCUGUUUUUGAGCUCAUUGAUCACAGAAUGGUGAUACUGAAGGACACAGAAGUGGAAGCCUGUCUUCAGGGAGAAAAGAAGGGAGUGACCAUUUCCUAUAUGCCUCCUGUGUGCCAGACACUUUCAUUUAUAUUCCCAUUUUUCUCAUUUAGUCCUUACUGUUUGAGUUUAGAUAUCACCUCUUCUUUUAAGUUAAAGAGACAGCCUGUUUUUCUUGCUGGAAACGGCAUUAAAAAUGUUUCAUUUUAGUGCAAA